AUGACACUUAUGAUGAGAAUUUUUCCAUUAAUAAGCAAAACAUUGGUAAAAUCUUAUAGGUCACCAUAUAUUUCAAAAUCUCUUUUCUUCCGAUCAAGUCAAAAAACCUCACCUUUUAUAAAUAUAUUUCCAAUUAUAUAUCGUUCGCUAAACACAUUAACAUCAGCAGAUGCAUUCGACACGAUAAUUCCACCAAAUUCAAAAGAUGAAUCAAUUGCCAAAACCGAGCAUGUCAUUAAACUUGCUAAAGAUGAACAAUUAGAACAAGCCGUCCAAAUAGUAUUAGAAGCAGAGAUAAAUUCUGAAUCUGAAACUACGUGGAAUCAAUUGAUUUCUGAAUGUGUUAAUAAAGGCAGAGUAAAAUUAGGUAUAAGAUUAUUGAAUGAGAUGAAACGAUUUGCCCUACAACCCAGCAUGAAUACAUACAUGCUAUUACUCAAUGGUCUUGUAGAAUGUCGUGCUAUGCCUGAUAAUGUUUUUCAUGCUAGAGCAAUUGUUGACAGUAUAAGGAGGACUGGUCGACGUAAAUCGGAAUUUCAGCUUAGUACUGAACAUGCAAAUAUUCUAUUGAAAGUUUGUUUUAAUGCAAAUGAGUUCCAAGCGUUAGUGAAUAAUUAUGAUACACUUUUUCAUCCCGAAUCAUAUGGUAAAUUAACAGCUAAUAGGGAAACACAUACAAUUGUUCUAAAAGCUUGUGCGAGAAAUUGCAUCAAAUAUCCAAAUGUAGCUUUUCCUUUAGCAAUAAAUAUAUGGGAUAAAGUAUUUCAAAAAGCAAUUGAACAUCUUAAAAAUCCAAGCAUUCGUACAGAGGAGGAUGCUAUUGAUGAUGAACUUGUUUGCGCUAUGCUUCUUGUAUAUAGAAAUUCAGAUCAAAUUGACAGAGGAUUUCAGAUGCUAAAAGAUGUAUAUGGAAUUGGGGAUGAUGUGAUAAGAGCUCGUCCCUAUAAUUUGCAAAUGACAUCAAAAUCAUUAGAUCUUAUGAUGGGAUUAUGCUUUAAAUCUCAAAAAAUCGAAUUGGGUAUUAAGCUUUUUCAUAAUUCAAAAGUUUUAUUUCCAAAUCUUCAGUUAGAUAUUGAAAACUUUAAUAGUUUAAUUUCACUUUAUAAUAAAUCUGAACAAUAUGAUGACUCUAUUACUACGUUUAAACAAGUUCUUGAAUUAGGUAUUGAACCAGUUCCAACAACAUUUGAUUUAAUUAUGGUAGCUUGUAGAAAUUCACAAAAUUUAGAAUCAGUUAAAGAGAUUUUUGGCAUAAUAAUUAAACACAAAGUUGUCCCAAAGGCUACUGCACUAACGAAAAUACUUGAGAUGACACUUGAAUCGGACCCUAUUCGUAUGACAAAAGAAGUUCGAUGGAUAUUAAACAAGAUUGAUCAAAUUGGAUUGAACAAUCCUAAGUCACUUGUAACCAUUGCUAUAAAGCAAGGAGUGCCAAAACUACCAUUUGAGAUUGAUGACAAAGAUUUCCUACGUACUAUAAUUAAUGCUUAUGGUGUGGCUUUGGAUAAAGCUGCAGGUAAAUUGCCAGAUCACACCGAAGAACGUUGGACUAAUAAUUUGAGAUUUUAUAAAAGCCGACUUUGGGAUAUAAAUCAAAAAGAAGCGCAAAUAAAGCAAAGUAGGAAGCAAAAAGAAUGUGCUUUGAUGGAUAGGAAGACAAAAUGGGAAACCAUGAAAAAUAAAUUAAGACAAGAAAACAUUAAUGACGAUGAACAAGUGGAACAGGCAAAAAAUGAAACUGAAGUAAAGAAAACAAACUGGAAAGGAAGAGAGGACGUAAAAAAACUUGAAGAUAAAAGGUUAGAUCGUUCAGUAAAUAGAGAAGAAACACUAAUAUCAACGUCAGGUCGUGAAAGGCAUGAAACUUUAUCAUCGAGGCUUCGUAAUAAAUUAAAAACAUCAUAUAAUUCAAAAUAA